AUGCUAGCGCAUCCUAUCCUCGCCUCCGAGGAUGACGAGGAGUAUGUAAUUCGUGUUAUCUUCUGCCUGCCAGCCCUCCUCGAUGCAUAUUUCGACGCGGUCGAGACGAUUUGUGCGGAGCCGUCCCCGCCGCCAGAGUCCAAAACUCGCGCAGAUAUUCUGCACCUCACGAUUCAGCAGCGCUUGCUUGUCCUGGGACGCGUGCCUCCCAGCACAUUUCGACAUUUCGACGAAGUCUCCGGGACGGAGACGGAGGACAAGGAGCUUCCUAAACUCAUUGAUCAGCUGCGUCAUGUCUUCCUCGAGAACAAGGUGGACAUUGGCCCACAGGCACUCUUGUGGCGCAAGCAGUCUCUGUCCCUGGCGAGGGAGUGCUCAGAUCAUAUGAAUCGCUGCCGCGUUCGCUUUUCCUUGAGCAGGAAGGUGCGGCGCGAGCUGGUCGCGUUCGGUUCGGCCCCGUACGCAUUCAGCAUGAUUUCCUUCGGUCUCAUAGUCAUCUUUGCUUGCAGUGCUCUAGUCGUCAUACCAGCCGUGCAGGCUCCACUAGCGAGUGGGCUGGCCGUCGGCUGUGUCGCUUGCGUGCUUCUUGUCGUCUCUGCAUCCCUCGUCUCCUUCAACUGCUUUACUGCGGUGCGCUCCUUGCACAUAUUGUACUCGCAGCUAUUCCACGAGUACUUGAUCGCCGGCGGGUCACCGUCUGAUAUCUUGCUGGGUUCUUUGCUAGAGCCGUCCUUCAAACAACGGGGAAAGGACGGGCCGCGGGACAGUGGGGCGAAGCGGGUAGAGAUGGGUCGUGAGACCAAGACGGGCUACUACAGCAUCCCUUACGGCGGCGAGAACAGAAUUGGGUACAUCGAGGGCAAGCAGCUGAAUGCACAGGUGGUGAUGAUCGCCUUCGAUAGCAACUACCAGAUUACGUGGUGGAAUAACGCAGCGGAGGUGAUGACGGGGUUCUUGCAAGACGGGUGCAUUGGCAAGCCGCUGAACGAGCUUGUCCAGUGCUUCAACGGCGAGGAUGUGUGCUCCCUUAUCAAGCACACGCGUCGCGGAAAUCUGCUUAAGAUCAAGCUCCGCUCCCUCACCGCAGCCCCAACAACGCUCAGCACCGUGGUGGCACCAAUUCUGAACUGCGACAGCAAGCCCAUCGGUAAUGUGCUGAUCUGCGCUAACUCGCUCGACAACUUGAGAGAGUACCGCAUUUAUAUGCACAACUAUCAAGUGAGCGAAACAAUCGGUGCUUUGUCCUUCUUAUCGGAGCGCUCAUCUCUGUCGCACGAAGAUUCCACUCUCGUCAACUCCCUGAGACGCUUUGUGAAGAACGGUCUGGCAAACCAUGUGGAGACCCUCGCGCGGGAGAUGGAGUCUGACUGGGACUGGACGAGCGUGGAGCAGCUGCUGGGUCGCGCCUUGGGUCAGCGGAUCGGGCUGCAUGAGGUGAUUGUGGACCCGCUCUUCCCGCCCACGCUAUGCGUCAACCCAGACGUGGCCAAGACAUUUGGGUCCGUUGUCGGGCUAGCCAAUGGCCGCUGCACGGUCACACUACAGAUGCUGAACUUGACAGGCAACGUCUUUUCGCUGGCUGUGACCGUGCUGCUGGGCCCCAAGUGCCGGCCGUGGGAUCAGGCGCAGCUGGAGCAGCAGCUGGAGCAGCUGUUACGCAGCACGGCAGGAAGCGUGUACCUUCUCGAGGAGCGCGUGGUGCUGCAUUUUCCAUGUCAAGUGGCACCGAUUUUGGACGACGGCGACGAGGGGAAUGCCAACCCUAACUCCGACCAGGCGCUGCAGAUCACGCAGGCCAGGGCCAUCAUCAACUGCACGGUGAACGUGGUGACCGCCAUCACGAACAUGGUGGAUCAGCACAACUUGUCCCUUAUCUUGCUCAAGACCAUGUUUGUCUCUCUCGCCAGCGUGCGCGAGCGCAGCGACCUCGAGAAGCGCUUGUCUGCUCGCCCGUGUGAUGUAGAUGUAAUUAUUUGCGACAGCGAGUGGCUCAGCUCGUCCCGUGAUCUUCUCAUGAACAACGACCACGGCGCCAUGGUGAUCCCGCUGAUCGAUGCACAGAUGCCAGUUCCAGCCAAUGUGCAGCAUGCGAUUCACAUGCCGCUUGUGCGACGGGACGUGCAGCAGCUCAUCUUGGAGGUUGGCAAGGCGGUGUCCAUGAAGAAGAACGCCAUCUCCGCCCGCGAGGAGCGUGAGCGAAUCCUCACGCUGCGCCAGGACUCCCCAUGGACGCGUGGCAAGCUGCUCGGGCGUGGGUCGUACGGUGCCGUGUACGAGGCGACUAGCGAUCUCACCGGCGGCAAGAUGGCGGUGAAGAUGUUCUACUUCUCGCAGAACGUCGAGUCGUCGAUUAGCACGUUGCUGAACGAGAUCUCUAUCAUGUGCAGUCUGAACCACCCCAACAUUGUGCACUACUUCCACUGCGAGCGCAAGGAGAACAACGUAAGCUUGUUCAUGGAGCUGUGCGAGGCCUCUCUAACAGACAUCAUUGUAGGACGGCGGCAAAAGCCGGCUCACCUGUCCGUCGUGCAGAUCAUUCGGCAAGUCCUGACUGCCAUUGCUUACUUGCAUAGUCGAGGCAUCGCCCAUCGAGAUGUCAAACCCCAGAACAUUCUUCUAAAGGGCGAGACGGUGAAGUUGACCGAUUUUGGUACUGCAAUUCAGGGGAGUGCGGGCAAAGAGGUGCGGGGCACAUUCCGGUACAUGGCCCCGGAGGUCUACAAGGGUGACCCCCACUCACUGAGCUGCGACAUAUGGUCUAUCGGCUGCCUUGUGUGCGAGCUGUUUGCGUGCCCGACCCCCUUCAUGGCGAAUGCAUCGCUGCUGGGUGAGAUGACAUCCACCGUGGACUACCUGACGAUGGUGCCGCAAAACGCGGUCUUGAUCGACUUUUUGGAGAAGUGCUUCCAACUUGAUCCUGAGCGGCGCUGGGGAGCUGGUGAUCUUCUCAUGCAUCCUCUGGUUUCCGGCAAUGCCGCAGCAUCAUCUUUGGUGAAGCUGGAGACGAUUUUUGACGCGAAGCAUAGCAAUCCUCUAGACCCGUCCGGCCAAUCCGUGUUUUCCUUACGGUCUGCAUAA